AUGGCCGACUUCAUUACUCCAGUCAUUGACAUCCUAAGUCGUCUGUGUGGUUAUUGCACCAAAUGGGCAGAUUCAAUACGCAAUCUUGGAGAAAAUCUCAUCUCUUUGAGAAAUGCUUCAAAUCAACUCAAUGACGUGUAUCUUGAUGUCAAGAUGAAGGUCGAAAUGGCAGAGCAGGACCCAGAUCCAAGGCUGAAGGUUUUGAAUGAGGUAAGGGGUUGGAUGGGCAGAGUAGAAGAGCUACAAAAUGAAGUCCGACCCAUUUUGCAUCAAGGUGAAGGAGAAAUACAAGCCAAGUGUUUCGGAGGUCGUUGUCCCAAGAAUUGUCGGGCUAGCUACAAGCUAAGCAAAAUGGUUGCCCAGAAGUUGAGUAUCAUUAAUGAUCUUACAAGCAAAGGCCAUUUUGAUGUUGUAGCAGAAAAGCUUGCCCGUGAUACGUUCGAUGAACUUCCUGUGGAUAAGGCUGUGGGAGUAGAAUCAACAUUUGUGGAGCUAUGUUCGUGCUUUGAGAACAACCAUGAGCGCAUCAUUGGUUUGUAUGGAAUCGGAGGGGUAGGCAAAACGACUCUACUUAAGAAAUUCAACAAUGAAUUCCUCUCAAAAACACCAGAUUACACUGUCAUCUGGGUUGUGGCAUCUAAAGAUGUAGAUCUAGGAAAAAUUCAAGAAGAUAUUAGGAAGAAAUUGCGCGUCCAAGAUGAUAUUUGGAAUCAUAAGACAGUGGAUGACAGAGCUCUUUUGUUAUACAAUAUCUUAAAGAACAGGAAAUUUGUGUUGUUAUUAGAUGAUGUGUGGCAAAGGAUUGACUUGCUGAAAUUAGGGGUUCCUUCCCCAAAUAAUCAUGAAUGUAAGGUAAUAUUUACCACUCGGUCAGAAGAGGUAUGUGGUCGAAUGGAUGCACAGAGAAACAUAAAAGUAAAUUGCCUCACAGCAGAUAAAGCAUUCGACUUGUUCAAGGAGAAAGUGGGUGUUACUACUCUUGAAAAACCUCAUAUAUUGCCUCUUGCAAAGCAAGUGGUGAAAGAGUGUCAAGGCUUGCCACUUGCUCUUUGUACUAUUGGGCGUGCCAUGGCUAACAAGGUAACUCCCGAUGAAUGGAGGCGUAGUAUAGAAAUUUUGAGGCAUUAUCCCUCAAAAGUCCAAGGUAUCAUUGAAGAUGUCUAUCACUUGCUUGAAUUUAGUUAUGAUAGAUUGCCGAAUGAUACCUACAGAUCAUGCUUUUUGUCUUGUGCCCUGUUUCGUGAGGACUAUAAUAUUGAAAAACAAGAGCUUAUUUUGCUCUGGAUUGCUGAAGGCUUUUUGGAUUAUGAUAUACAUGAAGCACGUAAGCAAGGAGAAGAUAUAAUUUCAAGUCUAAAGUCCGCUUGCUUAUUGGAAAAUGGUGAGGAAGAAAAUACAAUUAAGAUGCAUGAUGUGAUCAGAGAUAUGGCUAUCUGGCUAGCGUGUCAUCAUGGGAAAAAGGCAAGAUUCAUGAUAAGAGAUUGUUCCAAGACUAGUGACCUUGAAGCAAACAAUCAUGCAAAGUGGAAAGAGGUAGAAAAGCUAUCAAUGUGGGGCGGGGGUGAAGUGAGUACAAGCUUCGCACAAAAACCUCGCUGUCCUAAUCUCAUCACUUUGCUUAUUAGGGAUGAUGGAAUACGAGUCUUUCCAACUGAGGUAUUUGUCCUUCCAAGCACUGUCAGAGUACUAGACUUGUCAUCUAACGAAGGAAUAACAAAUCUACCAUCAGAAAUUGGGGACUUUGUGAGCCUUCAAUACAUGAACCUAUCCCGUACUGGUAUAAAAAAAUUGCCGGAGCAGAUGAAGAAUUUGAAGAAGCUGAGGGUCUUGUUGCUGGACGAAAUCCACGAGCUUGAAUUCCAAGAGAAAGUUAUAUCUGGUUUGUUAUCCCUUCAAGCUUUUUGCACGAGAUCGUCAAAAAUUCGAGGGAUUGAUAAAAAUGUGUUGUUGAAUGAGCUAGAAAGCUUAGAUCAUCUUCAAGAUAUACGCAUUUUUAUCCGUAACACAUCCUCUGUUGAAAAAAUACUGAUCUCCUCAGAAUUGCAAAGGUGCAUAUGUGAGCUAUUUGUUAUGAGAGUAGACUCGUCAUUCCACGGCUUGUUCUCAUCGCUUGGAAAUAUGAAGCAUCUUGAAACAUUACGAGUUUAUGAUUCUCACGCUAUGGAUAUUCCGAGGGGCUCAUUUUGGGGACAUGAUUAUAUAAUCACCCUUCGCCAGUUGGUUCUUGAUAGUUGUCAAAAUAUAGUUGACUUGAACUGGCUUGUACAUGCUCCAAACCUUGAAUUCCUCGAGUUAGCCGGUUGUAAUUCAUUGGUGGAAGUUAUAAGUAGUGAAGAUUUUGGCACUGAGAUACAGAAAAGUAAUCUAUUUUGUAGUCUCACUUAUCUUCGGUUGACUUAUCUGUUGAGCUUAAGGAGCAUUUGUAGAACAGCAUUACAGUUUCCUUGUUUAAAGGAGAUUGAAGUAAUACAGUGCCCCUGUUUGAAGAAACUCCCAUUUAAUUCUAAAAGUGCAUUGAAUAAUCUACAACGCUUUAUUAUAGGAGAUCAUGAUGAUUGGUUUUUGGAUCAGUUGGAAUGGGAAGACGGAGCCACCAAGCAUCUUCUUUCUUCAAAAUUUGAAAAAAGGUAAUUAUUUUUCCCAACUAAAUGCAAUCAGUUAAAGCUUUAGAGCAAAGUUAUACACACUUCCAUGCAAAUUCUAAUAUAUCUUCUAAUUGACCCAAGCGCUGCAUGCACAUAAAUAUAUAUCAUGAGAUUAUUAUAUCUGUGA